CAUAUAUCUCAGAUGUGCUGUUACCUGCCCAGGUGCGUUCAUUCGCUCACUGUGGCAGCAGCAGCAGAGACCACUAGAGUCCAUGUGACCAUCAGUCAGAGACCUGCAGGUAUCUCAGCACAACAUGAUUUUCAUCAUCAUCAUUGUUUUUAUUCCAGGAGCUUAUCUUCAGCACCUCCAGGACCUCCAGGACCAAUGUCCAGGUGGCACUUGUAACCCUCAGCUCGGUGAUCUGAUGGUGGGUCGAGCGGCUCAGCUGUCAGCCUCAUCUACAUGUGGUCUGGAUGGACCACAGAACUACUGCAUCAUUGGAUACCUGGAGGAGGAGCAGAAAUGUUUCACAUGUGACUCGCGGCUGCCGUACAAUCGCUAUAACAACCCCAACAGCCACCACAUCGAAAACAUCAUCACAACCUUCGACCCUGAGAGGAAAAUGAAGUGGUGGCAGUCUCAGAACGGAGUUCAUCAGGUCAGCAUCAGACUGGAUCUGGAGACGGUGUUCCAGUUCAGUCACCUGGUCCUAACCUUCAAGAGUUUCCGUCCAGCAGCCAUGUUGGUGGAGCGUUCAAAGGAUUUCGGGCGCAGUUGGAAAGUUUUCCGUUACUUUGCGGAAGAUUGUUUGCUUCAUUUCCCUUCAGUGUCUGAUCGACCGGCUGACAGCAUUGAUGAUGUCGUCUGUGACAACAGAUACUCUGGAUCAGAACCAUCCACUGAUGGAGAGGUGGUCCUAAAAGCUUUGGAUCCCAUCUUUGACAUUGAAAACCCAUAUGCACCCAACAUCCAAGAUCUGCUCACCUUGACAAAUAUUCGCAUUAACUUCACACGUCUCUUCACACUCGGGGACACUUUGCUGGGUCGAAGGCGCAGGAACCCUCAGGACAAAUAUUACUAUGCUCUUUACAACAUGGUUGUCCGAGGAAGCUGUUUCUGUAACGGACAUGCCAGCCAGUGCACACCUGUGGACCGAGGACGGGGGGAUGUCUUCACCAAGACCGGCAUGGUUCACGGUCAAUGUGUUUGUCAGCACAACACAGCUGGAGAGAACUGUGAGAGAUGUCAGGACUUUCACUAUGACUCCCCCUGGAGGCCUGGAGGGGGAAACACAGCAAACAUCUGCAGGAGGUGUAACUGUCACGGUCACUCGGACUCGUGUCACUUCGAUCCCGCUCAUUUUGAAGCGACGGGCGGCGUGAGUGGUGGCGUGUGUGAUGACUGCCGCCAUGACAGGACGGGGCCUCAGUGUGAGCACUGUCGACCUUUUCUGUAUCAGGAUCCCCGGAGAGCGCCAGAUGACCCUCACGCCUGCAUACCAUGUGACUGUGACCUGGCCGGGUCACAAGGCAGCGGUCUGUGCGAUGCUCUGAGUGGUCGAUGUGUCUGUAAAGAAAAUGUCGAUGGUCAACGCUGUGAUCGCUGCAAACACGGAUUCUUCAAUCUGAGACAGGACGACCCAGCCGGGUGUCAGGAGUGUAGGUGUCAUGUGUUGGGAAGUGUCGGGUCAUGUGAUCAGCUGACUGGAAGUUGUGAAUGUGACCAUUUGGCGAUUGGACCUCUGUGUGAUCGAUGUGUGGAAGGUUUCUGGGGUUUGGGAAACUCUGUGUUCAGAUGCUCUCCCUGUGAUUGUGACAUCGGAGGAGCUUACAGUGUCACGUGUUCUCCAGAGGAUGGACAGUGUCACUGUUUACCCAACAUGGUGGGUCGGCGAUGCUCUGACCCCGCCCCCGGCUAUUUCCUGCCUCAACUGGACUACUUCCUGUAUGAAGCAGAGCUUGCCUCUCCGCUCCAUGGAGGUCCUCCUCCCUCUUCUCCACCUUCUUCUUCUUCUCUGUUGAACCCUGGUGUUUUACCUCAGUGUGAGCAGUACUACAGACAGCAGGGUUAUGACUUUAAGUUCUCUAAUGGACGGGUUGUUCUGGUUCGGAGGACUCGGCGGCUGGCCCGGUGGAGAAGACAGGGACAGCACAGCACCAUCCCUCUGGACCCAGGUCACGCCCUGCAAAUCAUUCCCCGUCAGAGAACAGCUGAUCAGCCUAUCACCUGGACCGGCCUGGGAUUGGUCAGAGUGAUGGAUGGGGCGGGGCUUAGGUUCACUGUGGAUAACCUCCCAUCAUCGAUAGAUUAUCAGCUGGUGAUUCGCUAUGAGCCGGAGGCUCCGUCUGAUUGGCUGGCCUCAAUCAGCAUCACUACAGUGUCACCAGGUGACAAUGGCUGCAGGAGCAACCCGACAGAAAGUAAAACUCUGAUACUUCCUGGAAACUCCAGAGGGGGUAUUCUGGACUCUCCAGUGUGUCUGAAUGCAGGAGGUCGGUAUCUUGUGGAUGUGAUCUUUAACAAACAACCUGGAUCGUCGAGCUCACACAUCCUGAUUGACUCGAUGGGUCUGAUUCCCAGCAUCGAGUCUGUCCAAGAUUUCUGCUCCCAAACUGACCUUGACUCUUUCCGUCGCUUUCGUUGCAUCGGAUUGGCUGCCGAGCUCAGCCCACAUGACUCACUACCAGAGGUCUGCGAGGGACUCAUAAAGAGCAUGUCGGCACGAGUCCACAACGGAGCCAUCUCUUGCAGGUGUAAUGUUGUUGGCUCUCUUGGACCGUCCUGCAGUAAACUGGGAGGUUUCUGUGACUGUAAACCCAAUGUGAUUGGACGCUGCUGUGACACCUGUGCACCACUGACAUUUGGCUUUGGACCUGACGGCUGCAAACCAUGUGACUGUGACCCUCGUGGUUCGGUGUCAGACCUGUGUGAUCAGAUCAGAGGUCAGUGUGCGUGUCGUUCAGGUGUGGCUGGUCGACGCUGUGAUCGCUGUCAGACAGGAUUCUGGGGUUUUCCACUCUGUCGACCCUGUGAAUGUAACGGACUGUCGGAGGAGUGUGAUGAUGAGACCGGAGAGUGUCUGAACUGCAGGGAACAUGCCACCGGACCACGCUGUGACAGGUGUGUAGAGGGUUACUUUGGUAACCCGGACCCAGACAGCCGGUCAGCCCUGCCUGUGUCCAGAUGUUCAGAGCAGUGGACGAUCUUUGCCACUUCGUGCCAACAUGACCCACAAUCCCUCAGUCUGGUCUGUAACUGCAUGGAGGGGCACACAGGUGCAGCCUGUGACAGGUGCAGCCCUGGUUUCUACGGUAACCUUGUGUUGCCAAGCGCCAGAUGUGAGCCAUGUCUCUGCAACAACAACAUUGACCCUCAUGACCGUGACGCCUGCGACAGUCUGAUGGGAGAAUGUCUGCGAUGCCUCCACAACACGAUGGGACCGCACUGCCAAGACUGCAAACCUGGUUACUAUGGUAACGCCCUGGACCAGGACUGCAAAGAAUGCUCCUGUGACCGACGUGGCACUGAGGUGACUCAGUGUCCUCUAGAGAGUCCCUGUUUCUGUGACUCAAGGACUGGACAGUGUCCCUGCCGAAUGGGGGUCAUGGGUGUCCUCUGUGAUGAGUGUGAGGAUGGAUACUGGAACCUGGAUGGGGCAUCGGGAUGCCAACCCUGCAGCUGUGAUCCUGCUAACUCUUUCUCCAACAUCUGCAACAAGGUGAUGGGACAGUGCCCAUGUCGUCCUGAGUUUGGAGGCAGACAGUGUGAUGAAUGUGGAGAAAACCAUUUUGGGAAUCCCGACCUGCAGUGUAUCUCUUGUGACUGCAACAUGGAAGGAACAGAGCGUCCGUCAUGUGACCCUGAAACCGGAGAGUGUAUCUGUCGGAUUGGUGUAACCGGUAUCUUCUGUGAUGAGUGCGCCCCAGGGUAUGACUCAGCAUUCCCGGCCUGUAACGAGUGCCACCCCUGCACUGCCUUCUGGGCCAAAGAUGUCACCGACGUCCAGCGAGCCGCCCAGACGAUGAGAACCUUCAUCCCUCACCAUGAGAAUGACCUCCGACCAGAAGACAGUCACCACUGGCAGCAGAUACAGAAGAUGCUGUCCGAGCUGGACAACCUCGCCAACCUGACGGGGCGAUCCCCACCACGGGUAGAGAAAGUGGAGAAACUGUUCGCUAUGAUUGGGAAGCUGAAAGAUGCCACCAACCCGAACAUGAUCCUAACUGACCCAUCUCCUCUCCUCAACACUGAAAUUGACAACAUUCGUCUGGAGUUCAAGAAGCUGCUGAACAACCUGAAGGAUAAACUCAUCGAGUAUCCGGACGAUGAAGAUGAGUCCUCAGAGGAGCUGCUGGAUGAGAUCCAAAAGCUUCAUAAAGCUUUCAUGUCAGAAGAGAAGAGAGUAAGAAAUGCCAACAGAGCUCUGGAGGACUCCAUGGACACUAGACAGGAAGUCAAACACAAGCUCAGCGCGUGCAGCAAAGGAGACCUGGCGCCACUGGAGAAGAAGGUCAAGGAGCUCAGUGUGGUCGACCUUAACCGCAAGAUCUGUGGAGGACCAGGUCUAGAUGACUGUUCAGGAUGUGGUGGAGCACUGUGUGGUCUGGAUCUGGGAAAUAGGAAAUGUGGAGGUCCAAGCUGUGACGGAGUGUUUCCGGCCAGUCAGAACGCUUCACAGAUGGCAGAGAGUGCCAAAGACCAGCUCAUCGGCCUCCCUUCCAGACUGCAGGAGUCCAAGAACAAGAUCAAUGAUGCCAAACAGGCGGCUCAGGACACCAAAGACCAGGCCAAAGACCUGCAGGAUCGGAUCAACAACAACAUGGACUUGUUUGAGAGAGACAAGAAUAAAACCAAGGAGCUCAUCCAGCGAGUCAAAGACUUCCUGUUGGAUGAGAUGGUUCCUCCAGAGGACAUUGAGAAAAUGGCCCGAGCUGUUUUGGCCAUUCAGCUCCCACAAUCACUUGAUCAAAUCCAAUCAAUGAUCAAUGAUAUCAAUAAUCUGCUGUCCAACGCCACCAAUUCCCAGGACAACCUGAAUAAUCUGGUUGACCAUACCCAGACUGCCAAGGACCUCCUACAGAAGACUCAGGAACUCAAGGAACGAACAAAAAACAUUGAUGUGACAGAGAUCAGAAGAGACAUUUAUGAAGCAGAGAAAGCUCAGGACAAAGCCAACGAUGACCUGGAGACAGCCAGCCAGGACAGAGACAUGACCAGAGACACAGUCCAAGACAUUACAGACAAACUAGACAACAUUGAUCUGAAACUGAUGAACCGUCGACCUGAAGAUCUGUUAGACGACAUCGAAGCCCUGAAGAGGAAAACUGAACAGAACAGACAGAUGGCCACAGACGCUCAAGAGGCUGCAGAGGCUGCUUUAAACAACACUACUGACACACAGACAGAGCUCGACAAUGUGAUGAAACAAUUUGAGGUUUUAAAGCAGAAAAACAUAAAUCAUGAGGAUCAGGGUGAAGCUGGAGAACGACUGACGAACAUUGUGGAGGAGGUGGAGAAGAUGAAGAGAGAGAUGGAUGACAAACUCAGACAGAUACAAGAUCUGGAGGACAGGAUUACUCGACUGGCCCAAAGUAAAAAAGACAAAGCAGCAAUGGUUUCUAGACUCUUGGACAUGGUGGAUUCACUUCGAAAGGAAAUCUACAAACGAGCUGAAGGAUACGCCAUCUGUACUUCAUAAAUUCAACUGAGUACUACACACUGAAAUAUUGUAUCUCCUAAAUACAGAGUGCUCAAUACUGUAAUAUUGUACCCCCUAAAUGGUACUGAGUACUAUAUACUAAAAUAUUAUACACCUUAAAUAAAAGCAAAUACUCUUGA